AAGAGUCCGAGUGGAGCGAGCGAGCUGACUGGUUGUGUAGUCGCGUCUCGGAAACUGGUAGCGCUUGCAGCAUGGCUGACCAACUGACCGAAGAGCAGAUUGCAGAAUUCAAAGAAGCUUUUUCGCUAUUUGACAAAGAUGGUGAUGGAACUAUAACAACAAAGGAAUUGGGAACUGUAAUGAGGUCUCUUGGGCAGAAUCCCACAGAAGCAGAGUUACAGGACAUGAUUAAUGAAGUAGAUGCUGAUGGUAAUGGCACAAUUGACUUCCCUGAAUUUCUGACAAUGAUGGCAAGAAAAAUGAAAGACACAGACAGUGAAGAAGAAAUUAGAGAAGCAUUCCGUGUGUUUGAUAAGGAUGGCAAUGGCUAUAUUAGUGCUGCAGAACUUCGCCAUGUGAUGACAAACCUUGGAGAGAAGUUAACAGAUGAAGAAGUUGAUGAAAUGAUCAGGGAAGCAGAUAUUGAUGGUGAUGGUCAAGUAAACUAUGAAGAGUUUGUACAAAUGAUGACAGCAAAGUGAAGACCUUGUACAGAAUGUGUUAAAUUUCUUGUACAAAAUUGUUUUUUUUUUUUUUUUUUGCCUUUUCUUUGUUUGUAACUUAUCUGUAAAAGGUUUCUCCCUACUGUCAAAAAAAUAUGCAUGUAUAGUAAUUAGGACUUCAUUCCUCCAUGUUUUUUUUCCCGUAUCUUACUGUCAUUGUUCUGAAACCUUAUUUUAGAAAAUUGAU